UUAUUGUAUAGAUUCAUCCCCCGAGUGGUGAGUGCAUACCGCGUUAGCAGUCGAAAAACCCUUUAUCAGCGGUCUCCUCUGUUUCCUUUCAGCAAAAUCGUCGCCUCAUCCGCUCCCUAUUUCUCCUCAAUCGAUUCAGCCAUGGGAGGAGGCAACGGUCAGAAGGCUAAGAUGGCUCGCGAGAGAAACUUAGAGAAACAAAAAGGCGCCAAGGGAAGCCAGCUCGAUUCUAACAAAAAAGCUAUGACCAUUCAGUGCAAGGUGUGCAUGCAAACAUUCAUUUGCACAACCUCAGAGGUGAAAUGUAGGGAGCAUGCUGAAGCAAAGCACCCCAAAUCUGAUGUUUUCUCCUGUUUUCCCCAUCUUCAAAAGUGACAAGUCUCCUCAAACUGCAUUGUGAGGGAUGGGUUCUUUCUUAUUCAACGAACCAAGGUGGGUGUUUAUAGGACAUAAUAUUAUCAAAUUUGUACUUUCAUCUCAUUCACUCUGCCUUUCUAUACUUCUGCUGCAAUGUGUUGCUACCUGCUAAAACUCAUGUUUGCAAAACAACUAAGUUUCUGUAUGUCCCAAUUGACUUUGUUUGGUCUUCAAGCUCUAUUCAUGAAUAUGUUCUAUUAAUUGGUGGAUG